AUGUUUGUUCGCAACGCAGUCGCCAUUACUGGCCUUUUGGCUUCCCUUUCAAACGCACUGCCUGCCAAGCGUGCUGUUGACGCUGGCAACGCUCGUUUGGUCAUCUACUGGGGUGCUGAAGAUGACAGCACAACUCUCAGCGACGUCUGCUCGGAUGACUCUUACGGCAUUGUGAACCUGGCCUUCCUUAACAGGUUCUUUGCUGCCGGUGGCUGGCCUGAAAUCAGCAUGAGCGGCUUGGAUAACUCAUCUGAUGCUCAGCAGAGCGCUGGCGCGACUGGGCUCAAGGAUGGCAGUGGCAUUGUAGAUGCUAUCAAGCAGUGCCAGUCUGCCGGAAAGCUAGUUAUUCUCAGCCUUGGUGGUGCUGAUGCUGAUGUCACUCUCCAAUCGGACUCCGACGGAGAGAAGAUUGCCGAUACUCUCUGGAACCUGUUUGGUGGCGGUACUGAAAACGCUGAGCUUCGUCCUUUUGGCGAUGUCAAACUCGAUGGCUUUGACUUGGAUAACGAAUCUGGCGACUCUACCGGCUACUUGGCCAUGACACAACGCUUCAGAUCCAACUUCCAGUCGGACACCAGCAAGACUUACUACCUCACGGCCGCACCCCAGUGCCCAUUCCCCGACGCUUCAGAGCCUCUUGAUGUUUGCAAGGAGCUCGACUACGUCUGGGUUCAGUUCUACAACAACGGCGACUGCAACAUUGCGCAGUCUGACUUUAAGAACUCUGUUCAGACAUGGAGCAGCGGCAUUGGCAAUGCUACCCUGUUUAUCGGGGCUUUGGCUAGCGGGGCUGAUGGAGACCAGGGUUACGUUGAUGCCGACACUUUGGUCAGCUCUCUUCAGGAUGUGAAGAACAUGAACCUUCCCAACUAUGGUGGCGCUAUGCUUUGGGAGGCUCAGCUGGCUGUGAAGAAUGGAAAUUUCCAAAAGCAGAUUGCAGCCGGUUUGUAA